AUGUCUUGCUUUGAGAUCGCGUUGUCAGAAACACACGCACCCACAGUUCUGUGAUGGCACUCUGUUCUUUGUCUCUAGUUGUAAUGUAGCUAACUAGCUAAUGUUAACUAUGUUGUUAAUGCUACUGUACCAGAGUAUAUGGGCUUGAGGAGACGAGGUCUGCUCUGACGCACAGGAUCCUUCAAUUCAAAGUCCCAUUGACCAGCUCUGCAAACGUUAUGUCAAUACGUUCGGUACUCACCAGAAUAUGGAGUUUCGCAGAACAACUAUCGUCAUUACUGCCGUUACGACAUGUACUUCCAAAAAAUGUCUAAAUAAAAUCAAUGAUCUUUCGCGAUACUGUACUGCUGCUGGAUCAGCCGACCUGUGCGUGGCAGUAAUGAGUAAUGUUAUCGGAUGUGCGGAAGGGAGAAGGAGAUCCAUCCCAAUAUGGAGACCAGAGUGUAGGUGUGUCAAAAGCGCUAUUUAAUUUACCUUUAUUAUAGAUUAGACCAUGGAUGGGUAAUUUUGAUGGGGGUGGGGGCCACAAAAAUCGGAACUCAUCAUGAGUGGCUGCAGUAGCUCAUGGGUCUGCAUAAACACAUUGAUAGCCCUCACCCCCUCACCUUGCGAGCAAAACAUUUUAGCGGCCCCCUUGUGACAGCGAAGAGAGAACAUUUAAGCUUUUAAAGUUCAUUUCCUGCAAUUCUACACAUUUGCCAUAGGGUGGAGGCAAAUGUUUGCAGUUUUUAAUAUGAUAAGUGAUUAUGAAUGGGCCCCACCCCGGUCGGUAAUUCGGACUUGCUUACUACAAGUUUAGAUAGCUGGCCGCUAGACUCAUUUACCAAUCAAUUUUUUUUUUGCUGACACAGGCUAAUUGAGUGACUGCCCAAUUAGCUGAUUCGCUUUCCAUACACCAACUCCUUUCGACACACCCACUCGCCCAUACUCCGGUCGCCAUAUUGGACUGCAGCUAGCCAUACUUGGCUGAAGGUGGAUUUUGGAGUACAUACUGUGCGUAAGGGCAGUAAUGAUAGUUGCUUUGCAUAAUGUUAAACAUUUCAGUUCCAUAUCGGUGAAUUAGUUCUGUGUUCUGCCAGAGGCACAGCUAAAUGCCCUAUGUAGAAGUAGUUGCUUGAACACAAAUUAAUAUUGGUAGCCCUCCUGUAGCUCAGUUGGUAGAGCAUGGCGCUUGCAACACCAGGGUUGUGGGUUCGAUUCCCACGGGGGGCCAGUAUGAAAAAUGUGUGCACUCACCUAACUGUAAGUCGCUCUGGAUAAGAGCGUCUGCUAAAUGACUAAAAAUGUUUUUAAAAAACAAAAACAUUAUGUGAUAAAUUGUUGCCUCAGGAGUGUCUUUCCCCACACUUUCUCUAUAUUGGGCCUUAGCCUACAAUCCUAAGCAAUCCUAAGUAGUGUUGCAAGGUAUACCGGUACCACCGUAAUAUCACGGUACCAAAACAUAAUUCAACUUAUGAUACCAAUAUUUUAGAAUACCGUAGUACCGUUUCAUAUGAUACUACCAAGUUUUCCAGCCUUACCGAUCCAAAGAACCUGCUGGCGCCUGUUAUAAGAUGUUUAUAAAGUCUGUUUUGUUUAUAAAUUCAGUUGAAUUUAAGCAACAGCCUUUAGUCUCUUGUAUGCGCAGGUCCAAUAAUAUGCACAUAUCAUGUGUGGCAGCUGUAAUCAGCCAGCCGCAUCCCCAACCAGCCUUCACUCACCUGCUUCCCUCUGUCUGCUCUUCAUGCGCAUCUAUUUUUCCAUCAGGUUUUUAAAAUAUAAUUUAGCCGUGAGGGCGAGAGGGGAUGCAGGCCCUGAUGAGUGUUCUGUUAGAUUUGUACAGUUGUUACAUUGGAGCAGGGAGCAAUGUUGUACAUUGUAUAAUUUAAUCGCCUGUCAUAACCAAGUGCACAGGCCAAUCUGAGUAGACUUUGCAAGUUCACUGUCAUGCAGCCUCUGAGUUCCAGAGAGGGGAAAAUGGAGCACCGCUUCUGAGAGAGAGAGGGAGACCAGAGAGCGUGUGUGAGGAAAGAGGAAAGGAUGGAGAGUGUGUGUGUCUGUGUUAACUGAAGAGUAAAGAAGGUUUCAUGCAAUGCUUCCCUCUUACUGCCACAAUGAUAUGCAGAUCAUUAUGAACAAAAAUAUAAACGCAACAUGCAACCAUUUCAAAGAUUUUACUGAGUUACAGUUCAUAGAAGGAAAUCAGUAUAUUGAAAUAAAUAAAUUAGGCCCUAAUCUAUGGAUUUCACAUGACUGGGCAGAGGCCAUGGGUGGGCCUGGGAAGGCAUAGGCCCACCCACUGGGGAGCCAGGCCCAGCUAAUCAGAAUGAGUUUUUCCCCUUUAUUACAGACAGAAAUACUUCUCAGCGUAGCACAUUGCGUAGAACGUUUAGAAAAUGGGAACAACCGUCCGGGGGACGGGGCGAACAGGAUGCUAGGCCACUGAUUUUGUUUUUUUCCCCGUGGAAUUGCGAUACUACUCGGUAUCAUAUCGUUAGUACAAUUUUGGUAUUGUGACAACAGUAAUCCUAAGUAGAAGAAAUUGAUGCAACGUCACAUCCGUAGGGUUUAUUACUGGAGUUAAGUAGCAACACUGUUUAGAAUGUCUAGUCUUUGGUCUAAUGCUGGAUGGUUUCAUUUCAGUGACUACCUGUUUAAGCUCCUCCUUAUUGGUGACUCCGGUGUGGGAAAAUCCUGUCUUCUGCUCCGGUUUGCUGUAAGUAUAGUUACCGUAUAUACUAUUACUGUACACAGUUGUUUAGUAAGUGGCGUUCAGGUGCCUUCUGUCAAAAAUGCAGGUUCCUGGAUAUGUCUAACUGUUCUCCCUCCAGGAUGACACCUACACAGAGAGCUACAUCAGCACCAUCGGUGUAGACUUCAAGAUCCGCACCAUCGAGCUGGACGGCAAGACCAUCAAACUACAGAUUGUGAGUCUGACACAAUGAACACUGCAGCAUGUCACCACCACCAACACUACCACCACCACUACCAUUACCAUUACCAACACUACCAACACUACCAUUACUACCAACACUACCACCACCACUACUACCACCACUACCACUACUACCACCACCACUACCACCACCACUACCAUUACUACCAACACUACCACCACCACUACCAACACCACUACUACCACCACAACCAUUACCAUUACCAACACUACCACUACUACUACCAACACUACUACAAACACUACUACCACCACCACCACUACCACCAACGCUACCACCACCACUAACGACACUACCAACACUACCACCACCACCACUAUCACCACCACUACUACCACCACCACCACUAUCACCACCACCACUAUCACCACCACUACUAUCACCACCACUACUAUCACCACCACCACUACUAUCACCACCACCACCACUAUCAACACCACCACCACUAUCACCAUCACCACCACCACCACCACUAUCAACACCACCACCACUAUCACCACCACCACCACCACUAUCACCACCACUAUCACCACCACCACUACCACUAUCACCACCACCACUAUCACCACCACUACCACUAUCACCACCACCACUAUCACCACCACCACUAUCACCACCACCACCACUGACCCCAAUUAUUCGACUAGUCGAUUGUUUGGUCGAUAGGCUGUUGGUGGACCAAUUUUUUAUUUAUUUUUCGAGCAGCAGCAAAUACAUUAAUAUUUUUUUAUGGCACACCACCUGUCUUAUUCUCGCCCAUCUCAGUGAACUAAUCUAUUGCGGAGGCAGAGACUAAUCCAUUGCGGAGGCUGCGGGGAUGGCACAGUCCAAGAAGGAUAAGGAGUGUGGCUGCACAAUGCACGUCUUUCUAGAAUGCACGCUCUCCCGCAAAUUUAUGCACAUUCAUUGUUUCGUAACUUCAUUUUGUGAAUUGUUUGCGUUUGAUUGUUAGUGUCUAUCAAUUCCCCAUUACAUACAGUAUCACCAGUAGUACAUUUACUGUUCAUUUCUAAUCAACAAUGUUUGUUUGGUUACAGUAAUGUCUGUUAAUGCAUUCAAUAUAAUAUUAUUCCAGUCUUUUACCGUUCUCAUUGUCUGAGUGGACACGUUGUUUGCAGAGCGCACAACCUAUGCUACACUUGUGAGAAACAAGUUUUGGUUUAUUUAAUUCCAUUUACGAUGUUUUGUCAAUUUAGUCAUUGUCUUUUGUUUAGAACGCUCCUGUCAAUGUUGAGUAAGGACGCGUACCUGAUUACGCAUAGAACUAGGCCUGUAGGCUACCGGGCCUGCUCGCAAAUGUAGGCCUAUAAAUGUACCCAUUUGGGGAUCUGAUAGUGUUUCUGAUUGGCUUAAUGCACCACCACUAAUGAGCUGUGGAGCUCCUCAAAGUAAUAUUUUCUUCACCUCAAACAGCAAGCAAACAAAGUCUGUUUUUACAUCCAUUGAGAAUUACAAUAGUUCCUCAAUGUAUUUGAAAAAUCUUUCCAGCUCGCUCCCUUUCGAUAACCACUCGGCGUGAAAGGGAGAAAUGUCAUGCCCUGAUCCAGUGGAAACGUCAUAAAAUAGGCCUACCUGAUUACUUCUUAUCCCGAGCGCAAAUAGCCUACAGCUGUGUCUGUCUGAGGGCCCAGAAUAUUUUAUACAAUGUUGCAAGGAGCUUCAGGCAGGACCCACGUUAAUAGUUGAUACAAUGUUUCAAGUUCAUUGCAGACAGGCCAAUGUGAUUUAUAUGAUAUUUAUUUUUAUCAGGAUAUUUUCUACCUGCAAUGGGUUUAUUUGUUGGCUUUAUAGGCUAUUUUUACCACUACCACCACCACUACCAACACCGCCACUACCACCACUACUACCACUACUACCAACACCGCCACUACCACCACUACUACCACUACUACCAACACCACCACUACUAACACUACUACCACUACUACCAACACUACUACUACUACUACCUACUACUUACUACCCACACUACACUACUACAACCCUAUACCACUACCACACUACUACCACUACACCACAACCUACUACUACUAACCAACACUACGCUACUACCCUACACCAACCACUACUACCACUACCACAUACUCGACUUACCACUACCAACACUACUACCAACACCACUACCACCACCACUACUACCACUACUACCAACACCACUACCACCACCACUACUACCACUACUACCACUACUAACCAACACCACUCUACUACCACUACUCACCACUAAUACCACUACCACACUACCAACAAACCACUACACUACUACAACCAACCCACUACCCACUACUAUAACCACUACUACCAUACAACUACUACCAACCCACUACUCUACCAACUACCACCACUACCGACCAACUACCACUCUAAAGCCACUACCACUACUACCAACACCACUACCCUACUACUCACUAGCCACUACUACCACUACCACUACUACCAACACUACUACUACUAACACUAACACUACCACUACUACCACCACCACUACCACUACUACCACCACCACUACCACUACUACCACUACCACCACCACCACUACUACUACCAACACUACUACUACCACCACCACUACCACUACUACCACUACCACCACCACUACCACUACUACCAACACCACUACCACUACUACCAACACUACUACUACUAACACUACCACCACUACCACUACUACUACUAACACUACCACUACCACCACCACUACUACUACCACUACCAACACCACUACUACCAACACUACUACCGCCACCACCAACUCCGCCACCACUACCCACUCCCCCCGCCUUUACUCCCAACAGUGGCGCCCAUUUCCUGAUGUUAUAAAGGCUUGAUUAGAUUUGAUAAACGGUUCAGUAACCUAGUUAUGUUGCUUAGUUUUACCUCCUGUGUUUUCUCUGUAGUGUAACACCACACCCUAAGGCUAAACAACAGGGAUCCAGUUCUGUUCCCACCGUGGCUCUUUAGAUGCAAGGAGAGGAACUAUAGAUGUUAGUGUGAUAUUCCGUUGACCGUACAUAGCUAGUGCUAAUCCAAAUGCUUUCAGGACAGGAGUGAUGUGAACUUGGGUGAUGACAGGUGAGUGUGUGUUCAGUCAUUAAGUGAGUCUAGUCUGUUUGUCUCUCCCUCCCUCUCUCAGUGGGACACCGCUGGUCAGGAGAGGUUCCGCACCAUCACCUCCAGUUACUACAGGGGGGCCCACGGCAUCAUCGUGGUCUAUGAUGUCACAGACCAGGUGGGUUAUUAGUUCAAAGAGGCGAUCUGUGCUUAGACGUACUGGGUUGUAAAAAUUCUUAAUCAAAUCAAAUGCUGUACUUCCCAAGUCCUUUUGACUCACUAAACUGUGAUGGCGUGGACAUAUUAGCCCUCUGCCUGUUUCUCACAUGCCUGUAGGAUAGGCAGCCAUACAUUGUCACGAUUCUCACACUCUGUCUUGUGUAACUCUGUCCUGCUCUGUAGGAGUCGUACAACAAUGUAAAGCAGUGGCUGCAGGAGAUCGACCGCUACGCCAGCGAGAACGUCAACAAGCUGCUGGUGGGGAACAAGUGUGACCUCACCACCAAGAAAGUAGUGGACUACACAACAGCCAAGGUACAGCUACCAUACAACAUCUACAAACCCGGAUGAAAUACACUCCCAGUGAGUAGUGUUUAGGAGAUUUCAGGCUACACAAAUCAAUAAAGUAGCUCAUUUCUUAGUUUUGAGCACUCAAUAUCUCUAGAAAGCUAUGUCCUCCUUAUCAAUGUGGUAAUACCUGAGGGGAUCGAUAGCAUAAUAUUAGAUAUUUUAUUUUCUUUGGUCAGAUAAAAACAAAAAAAAGAUACUUUGAGUCAAAGUAUAGAUAUAAUGUCGCGAUAUGCAACUGUAUACAUGUUUUCCCCCAUCACUAGUGCAUAUUAAACUCUCAGACUAAAUGACAGACCAUACUGUCAUUGCUUUUCACAAUUAAACACCAUGGACAAUACAACAACAGCUGGGCAUUACCUUGUAUGUUCUAUGUUUUCUAUAUCUAUGUUUGAUCUAUUCUAUCCCUGUCUGCCGCCUGCAGGAGUUUGCCGACUCCCUGGCCAUCCCUUUCCUGGAGACGAGUGCCAAGAACGCCACCAAUGUGGAGCAGGCCUUCAUGACCAUGGCUGCUGAAAUCAAGAAGAGGAUGGGCCCCGGGGCCACGGCCGGAGGGGACAAGCCCAACCUGAAGAUAGACAGCACCCCUGUCAGGCAGUCUGGAGGGGGGUGCUGUUAA